GAUAUUUACCAACUAAGAAAAAUGCGGAGUGCAUUAAUAAAUUGUGCAUAAUUUAAUUCGUUACAACAAUAAUUAUUAUUAGUUAAAUAAUAUAAAAAAAAAAAGUACAAUAAAAACUUAUUUUUAAUCUUUAGAACGAUAUUAAAAACCUAAUUCAUGUCUCAGAGGUUCGGACUAUGUAGGUACCGUGAAUUUCUAAGGAGAUACAUUAUACCUAGUCACCCUCCCUUUCAGCAUAGUUUCAAUAUCCUGUAAUGAAUUAGUUCAAAUUUUUAGUUCGAGCGGUCACUAUGGACAAUUUAUGUAAAUAUUAUCUAUCCAACUACAGAAUAUUAUACAGAAAUGUAACUACACUUCUACUUGUACUUGGGUCACACUAGUUAAUGUAAAGUUCUUAGGCAUUUAAUCUUCGGUCAGUGCUUUCAUCACGCUAUACGGAAUACCGGUAUACAGUCGCAUCGCUACCUUUUGUUCCCUCGAGAGAAAGAACGAAGGUAGGUACUCGUGUAGUGCGGUGAACGGAUGAGAUCUCGCGGGCGUAGCUUCAGAAUCCAGCGUGCUGCUACCUCGCACAUGCGUGCGAAUGCGAAACCACUGCGAUUUCGGCGGGAAAACGAACGAUUGCGCUCCAACUGUAAUUUUCGAAAUAAUCGAACAAUAAAAAAACGAACGAUCCUUUCAAGUGACAAGUGACUUUUUUAUUCUUUUAAUCCAGUUGAAGAAAUGAAACUCUCAAACAAAACAAUAGCAUACAGUUUGCUGUGCAUCAUUCACAUGUCUGCGGCUGCAGCGACACAGUUCUCGUCACACAUCAAUGUGAACACGCCAGCGAGGAGCUAUUCACACGGAGUGGGGGACCCGGUGCAUCUGUUGGAGCGCAGGGCGUUCCAGAGACAGUCACAGAGGGCGCAGCAGAGGAGUUUGCGAAGGUCGCCCCAGGGCUACCCGCAGGUGAAGCCGACCGUGCCCUUCACUGCGGAGGAAGCGCCGCCUUUCAACUCUCUGAACGCACCAUGGCAGUACAACAAUUAUGUGGACGUCCCCAUCCCAGUGCUGCCACCGUCGCCGUACAAAGUGGACUCUCCGGACCCCGAGUCGCUGUGGCCAGAAGGUCUAUUUCUGCCUCCGGUACCGCCGCCGCGCUUCGGAGUCUACAGCCGCCGAAUCGACUCGCCAGAGGUAACAUCAGAGUCGGAGAUCAGUGAUCCAUACCUACUAGAAGGUUCUGAAGCCAUAGAGGCCGUGCAGCGCGCCAACCUCCACGGCAACCUAUAUUUCCACGACAUUCCCCACAUCAUGUCCCUGCUCGAAAACCAACAACUUAGGAUCAAAAACCAAUUGAAACCCCAUCGUUUAGCCAGCAUACGACACACCUGGCCCUAUUAUCGCCCUUAGCCCGUUAAAUUAAACAAGUAAAAUAAAACUUUAUAUUUGUAUAAUAUUAUAAAAAAUACUCAUUUACAAAAAGUCAUAAUUAUUAAAUCUGCAUUUCAUUAAUAAAAUAUACCUCAAUCUAAGCAUUCAUUA